GAAAACACAGCAGAAAUGGACCCUAGCCCUUAUGGCCAUAGUUGGCACAAAACCGACGGCGGCGGCGGCGGCGGUGGAGGUGGCGGAGGUGGAGUUCCUUCGCCCCAUAGCUACGCCCUCAGCGGCAAAAUUAUGCUCAGCGCCAUCGUAAUCCUCUUCUCCAUCGUCCUCCUCAUCCUCUUCCUCCACUUCUACGUCCGCUGGCACGUUCUCCGCCGCGCCACGCGCCGUGCGAGGCGGAGGCGCCGCCGUUUCAUUUUUGCUGGAGAAAACCAGUCUCCAUCCACCAACCGUGCCAUAGACCCCGCCAUCCUCAAAUCCCUCCCAGUUCUCCUUUACUCUCCUGGCGCCGGCGACGACGACGAGUCGGACGAAUGCGAUUGCGCCGUUUGCCUUAACGAAUUCGAGGACGGCCAAAAGAUCCGCAAUCUCCCGCUAUGCGGCCAUAGUUUCCACAUCGAUUGCAUCGAUAUGUGGUUCUCUUCCCACUCCAAUUGCCCCCUCUGCCGUUCCGCCGUCGAGGCGGUGCCGUCAUGCCAGCGGGAGGAAGAAAUCGGCUCGUCCUCAUCCGAUUCCGGUGAAGUCGAAAUCGCGAUCGAGAUGCCGGAGGGGGGAAUCAACGAUUUUAGCGAAGAAGCAGAGCGGCUAGGGUUAGGGCAAGCUCUGAAGUGGCCGAUCAACCGGGUCGUGUUGCUUCGGCGAUUCCUGACGCUGGAAAUUCAGCCGAACCGGAACAACGUAUCUGGAGCGACGCCGGAUUUGGAGGGCGGAGGAACGGCGGCGCUGCCUUCCCCGGCGGAGUAGUGGAUGAUCGUGAUUGAACACGUGGCGGGAAUCGGGGGGAUGAUCACUGUAAAUUACUGUAAAGAUUCUUUUCGGUGUGGAAGUUUUUAUAAUUUUCUAGUUUUAAGUCGGAAGGUUUACUACAUUCGCCGGUCAUUUGACCGAAAGAUUAGGGAAGCUUCUGAUGUUCCGCUUGCGGCUGUAAAUGAACUGAGAUAAUAGAAUAUUAUCUUGUCUAAGACUGUUCAUUUGUUUUAUUUAAAUCGAGUCGAAUUUAAUUGCGAUUGGAA